GUCCCAACCUUACCACCAUCACCUUGCUUGUCGGUAUUUCUGUAACAGCUCAUUAUUAUUAUUUUUCUGUAUCUUCCACUUCUUUAUGACCUCAUGACAUGGAAUCCAUAGACUACAUCGACAUCCCCCCUUGUGCAACCCGAAUAAAGUCUUCAUCCACCAAAUCAAAGCCGCGCCCUCAUCCCACUCCUUCACCAAUCCGCACGUCGUUGCCGCACCAACCAGACAAUUCCCAUCCUCAACCAACCAGCUUACUCUCACCUACAAAUGCCGCCCUCAACUUCCUACCCAGCGUUCUCCUGACUUCGGUGCCUACGAACUCACCUCCAGAUAAAUCAAAUAAGCGGAAAACAAGCCAGCAGCCUUUGCUAUCUGUCAAGGACCCGCUUUCUCUGGCCAUAAUGUCGGCAAACUUUCGGCGUUUCGUAUCCAAGGUCGGACCGGUGUUUUGGUUGCAGGAUCGUGUGGAAGAGAUUGUGAUGUGGAGGAGAGGGUGGAAGGUUACAUCAACGUGGAUAGCCGCGUGCGCGUUCCUUUGUUACUUUCCUCGGCUUCUACUACUCUUACCUCAAGUAGCCGUCAUAGCGGUUAUCCUGGCAACGUAUAAAUACACACCGCCAUCCUCUGAUACAUCGCCUGUCCAAGAGGAGGAGAGUGUAGCAUGGCAAGCCAACAUUCAAGCCAUACAGAACCUCAUGGGAUUCUAUUCUGAUGCUUAUGAUGCUGUCCAGCCUCUGGUUCUCAAUCUCACCCACCGAACCUCCUUUACCCUUCCCCUCCUCACAAUCGUAACCCUGAGCCUUAUACCCGGGGUAGUACUCGUCUCCCUACCCUCCCUCCCCAUUCGUAUCAUCUGUUUCUCUCUGGGGAUAGUGCCCCUCGCGCUAACCAAUCCACACGUCCAGUCAUCACUCCUCAUUCUCCGCCAUGUCGACAGAAACUUCUGCUGGCUCCGAUAUAAGCUCGGACUAGAGUCUAAACUCCCACUGACAACUUUCGUCCAGCGACUCGUCGACGACAAUAACCUCUCCGACUCGUGUUGGACUGCAGAGAUGCGCGAAGUGGAACUGUUUGAGAACGAGCGCCAUCUGGACGCCCAGGGUGGGACCGAAAAGAGCUGGAGCAAGGAGAAUUUGAAGAGCGACGAGCGAAGCGCGUGGACGAGAGGUCCUGAUGGUCUAGGUGGAUCUGUUAGGUCCAUGCGUUUCUUUUACCUCAGCAAUUUGACAUUUACGCUCGAACCUGGGUGGUACUUUGUGCAAACCGAAGAUUGGAGGCUUGAUGUAGAUGCGAUAUGGGCUGCACGGGGCGGGGAUUCGAAUGGCUGGGUGUACACCAAUGAUUCCUGGCUGGAUCCUCGGUCGACUAACACUGGCGGGGCUGCGACCCGGAAAAGGAGGUGGAUGCGGAGGAUAUGGUACAAUCCUCCAGUCGACAGCUAGCAUUCUCUUUUUUUGCUUCUAUUACACGAAGCAAUGCAUACAGAGAGAUCACCUAUGCCUGUUUGAUGAAAGAUCUCCUGGGACCUUGUUCGAGCAUCGAUUACCGUUUUCAGCAUGUUCAGCCUUCAGUGUGGGGCUUUUGCACGUCAGUUCUUUGCCAUCUCCUUGAAAGUCUAAUAACUCCGAUGUGAUUGUACACUUCGGAGGCAGAGUAUGUGGUGAAUGAUGGAAGGGAGAGGAGCGCGUCUCUCUGAAGAGAUAAGUGCGUUCAAGAUGAGUGUUUCGGUACCAAGUAAUCAUGAGCUGGGCAAAUUCUCGCUUCACUUUUUU